AUGAAGACCACCAUCUUCACCACAUCCCUCCUCGCCACCCUCUCCGCCGCCACCCCCCUCAAGCGCCAAAGCGGCUGCAUCGUCCAAACCGUCAUGAACCCCAACUCCAACCAAGCCAAAGCCUCCAUCCAACAAUGGAACAACGACGUCAAGAACGUCAACGCCUUCCUCAACGCCGUCCCAAACCUCAUCAACGACGAAGAUGCUCUCCUCUCGGAAGCCCGGAUGGCUCUCACCAAUGCAAUGGACGAGCCGUGCCAGCUCAUGACGCUGGCUUCGCAGUCGGCUUUCAUUCAGGCUCCCGUGCCGGCAUUCGAUUGCGCGGUGGAGGAUUUGAUGGAUGUGUUUGAGGUGCAUGUGCUGCAGAAUUUGAUGGCUGUGAUUGCGGACCCGGGGAAUGCCGAGGUUGCGCAGGCGUCGGUGGAUGAUAUCAAUGCUUUUCGAUGCUGCAAUGUUCUGCCUGAUGUUGACAUCUUGUUCAUCAACUCCGCAGAGAGUGAAGGCAUCGCCAACCAAGUGCCGCUGUCGGUAGGACGGGAGGAUGCUUGCGCCGACAUUCAGUGCACGAAGAAGUGCAAGGCGAAGCAAGGUGCGAACGGGACUUGA